AUGGGAAAAGAUAAGGGUCCCACUUUCAACCUCAAGACCCCCAAGGGUACUAGGGAUUGGUUCGGUUCCGACACCCUCCUCCGAGACCGCAUCUUCAGCACCAUCUCGAACGUCCUGAAGAGACACGGCGCAACCGCGCUCGAUACCCCCGUUUUCGAACUGCGUGAAAUCUUGGCUGGAAAAUAUGGUGAGGACUCGAAGCUCAUCUACGACCUGAAGGACCAGGGCGGCGAGAUCUGCUCUCUGCGUUACGACCUCACUGUGCCUUUCGCGCGCUGGCUGGCUAUGAACCCCGAAGUCCGCAACAUCAAGCGUUACCACGUUGCAAAGGUCUACCGUCGCGACCAGCCUGCCAUCCUCAAGGGCCGUCUCAGAGAGUUCGUACAGUUUGACCUGGAUAUUGCUGGAGUUUACGACCCCAUGAUCCCCGACUCUGAGAUCAUCCGAAUCAUUUGUGAAGUUUUCGAGGCGCUGGGAUGGAACGGCCGAUACACUAUUAAGCUCAACCACCGCAAGAUCCUUGACGGUGUCUUUGCCGUGUGUGGUGUGCCAGAGGAUAAGAUCCGACCUAUCUCCAGUGCCGUUGACAAGCUCGACAAGAUGCCUUGGGCGGAUGUGCGCAAGGAGAUGGUCAAUGAUAAGGGUCUCGACGGCGAGGUUGCGGAUCGCAUUGAGAAGUAUGUGAUGAACAAGGGCUCCCGCGAGCUGCUCAACACUCUCUUGCAGGAUGAGGCGCUCAACGCCAACCCCAUUGCCAAGGCUGGUCUGGACGACAUGGCCUUGAUGAUGGACUACUUGGAGGCAUUUGGUGUGUUGGACAAGAUCUCCUUCGACAUGUCUCUCGCCCGUGGAUUGGACUACUACACCGGUGUCAUCUACGAGGUUAUCACCGAGGGCUCUGCUGGUGUGCAGGCUUCCUCCACUGAGGGCGAGAAGCCCGCUAAGAAGGGCAAGGGUAAGCCUUCUGAGGAUGAUGACCGUUCCAACGACCCCUCCGUCGGUGUUGGCAGUGUCGCCGCUGGUGGUCGCUACGAUAACUUGGUCGGCAUGUUCGCGCCCAAGGCCCAGAUCCCUUGUGUCGGUAUCUCAUUCGGUGUUGAGCGUAUCUUCUCUAUCACCAAGGCACUUCUUGAACAAAAGCAGAACGGCGCCGCUCUGCGCAGCAGCGAGGUCGACGCCUACGUUAUGGCCUUUGGUGGCAAGGGCUUCACUGGCAUGUUGAAGGAGCGCAUGGACAUCUGCCAGAAGCUGUGGAAUGCUGGUGUCAAGGUAAGCACAUCUAUUCGUUUGCCUAGGAAAGAAACUGUACUAACACAUGUCCAGGCUGAGUUCUCUUACAAGCUGAAGCCUAAGCUUCCUCAGCAAUUCAAGGCCGCGGAACAAGGAAACAUCCCCUUCGCUAUCAUUCUCGGCGAGGAAGAGCUUGCCGCUGGCAAGUGCCGCAUCAAGGAGAUGGGUCUCCCCGAGGGACACCCGGAGAAGGAGGGUGUUGAGGUCACUCUCGACAACCUGGUUUCCGAGCUGCAGACCCGUCUCGCCAGCAAGCAGGAUGGACUUGUCGGCUCUCUGGCCGAGCAGCUGAGCAGCACAACUGUCUAA